AGCACAUCUCACUUUUUUUUUCAUUUCUUCAACGAUGAAUAUGGACAUUGACCCCACUUACCUUCCUCUUGGAAAGCAAUUAGCUGCUAAUGAGAAAAAGACAAGAGACAAGGCCAUUCGUUCUCUUCGCAAGUUCUUGUCUUCUGGCAAUAACUUGAGUGACAUUGAACUCAUCAAACUCUGGAAAGGUCUUUUUUAUUGUUAUUGGAUGUCUGAUAAACCUUUGAUUCAACAAGCAUUGGCUAAUGAUCUCGGUGCUCUUGUGAUGGAAUUGCCUGCUACGAAUGCUAUUCCUUUUUUGAAAGCCUGUUGGCAAAUCCAUUGUCAAGAAUGGCAUGGUUUAGAUAGAAUUAGACUUGACAAGUAUUAUUUAUUGUUGCGUCGUGUGAUUUACUUUUCGUUUGAAUUCUUGGCCAGAGAAUCAUGGGAUCCAACCUAUCUUGAAGCAUACACAGACAUGUUACUUGAAGGACCCUUAAGCCCUACAGAUAGAAAGAAUCCAGAUGCCAUUCGAUACCAUAUUAUUGACAUCUAUUUUGAAGAAUUGGAUAAAGUGUUGGAGAGUCGAUCAGAUGAAGAAGAAACAAAAGUGAAUAUGGAAGAAAUCAGUAGACCCUUGGUUGUUUUGUCUAAAGAAGGCAGUACUAAAUUAUUAAGGACAAAGGCUAAAGAAGCCCUUGCAUCUCAUGAAGAAGAAGAGUAACAAUGUAAAAAAAAAAAAAUUCCGCAUAUGUAUACAUAAAAAAUAAAAUAAAAAAUUAGUUUUCUCCCUUUUUU